AUUGACCUUUUAAAACUCCCUUCAGAAGACGACCAAUGGAGGUUACAACAUGCCAAGAUACAUGCAAAACACCGUGGGCACGAGGCUAUGCAUGCGGAGAUGGUGCUAAUUCUUAUUGCCACCCUGGUAAUAGCUCAGAUUGUACUAGUCCAGUGGAAGCAGCGCCAUGGUAGAUCAUAUAAUCUGGUCACCCUGCUCCAGAUGUGGAUUGUUCCUUUAUAUUUCACAGUAAAACUUUACUGGUGGCGCUUUCUCUCCACAUGGGGGAUGUUCUCUGUUAUUACCAGUUAUAUCAUCUUCAGAGCUACCCGUAAACCCCUCUCUGGAAGAACACCACGAAUGGUCUACAAAUGGUUCCUUCUUAUCUACAAACUAAGUUAUGCAGUAGGCAUCAUCGGAUAUCUAGCAGUAAUGUUUACAAUGUUUGGCUUCAAUUUGUUCUUCAGAAUAAAGACAGAAGAUUCGAUGGAUUUUGGUGUAAUUUUGCUUUUCUAUGGCUUGUACUAUGGGGUUAUGGGAAGAGACUUUGCAGAGAUUUGUUCUGACUACAUGGCGUCCACUAUUGGAUUCUAUAAUUUUGGUAGUAUGCCUUCCAGAAAUCUUUCCUGUGACAUCUGUGCAGUAUGCGGUCAAAAAAUAUUUGUGGACGUUGAUGAAGAAGGAAUUAUAGAAGAUACCUACCAACUCUCCUGUAAUCAUUUAUUUCAUGAAUUCUGCAUUCGAGGCUGGUGCAUCGUAGGUAAAAAGCAGACCUGUCCGUACUGCAAUGAGAAGGUGGACCUCAAGAGAAUGCUCAGUAACCCAUGGGAGCGCACACAUGUUUUGUAUGGCCAGUUGUUGGAUUGGCUACGAUACCUGGUUGCCUGGCAGCCUGUAAUUAUAGGUCUGGUUCAGGGCAUUAACUACAUAUUGGGUUUAGAGUAAAUCAUAGAAAUUAUUUGAAUGUAUAAUUGAGCAAUAUGUCAUAAAUGGAAAGAGACAAUUUCUGUAUAUUCUGUACUUAAUAUUGUAUAAACAAAAUGAGCUCUUUACUCUAAAAAUAUGGCAAUUAGUAUUAGGUAGCUGAAACAUGAUUGUAAAUUAAUCACUUUUUACUGUGUCUGUGUUGUCACAUAUUAAACUGCAGUAUUUGAAAAAAUAUUUUUUAAAAAAUGAUUGUGCAGUGACACUGGGUUUUGUGGAACAAGUCCCAUGUUAUAUCAUUAGAGGAGAAUGCAGCAACAACAAAAAAAUUACAUUUGUAUAAUGCCUUUCACAUCAGCACCCAGCAACAGAGUUGACAAAGGCAGACGUGUUUACCUUUCUGUACUUAUGAUGCAUUGUUGGCUAUAAUUCUGAUUCAUCCAUUGUGAGUAUGUUAAAGCCAAACUUGACUGUAAAAUGUAUAAAUGCAUAACUUAUUAAAAAAAGUUGAAAUCGUCCAACUUUCAGGUUCUGUACUGUUUACAGCGAAUGUGUUAAGAAUUUAUGCUAGAAUGCAUAAUGCACAACGUUAAUUUAUUAUUAUUUUUAGGUUGUCAUAUUUGUAAGCAGUAUUAGAAUACUGAGUAUGUUGUAUAUCCACAACAUCCAAAUUCAUAUAUUCUGCAGUGAUUUUCUUUCUGGUUUUUCUAUUUCAUCUUAAGCAUACAUACUGUAACCACUUAAAUAAAAUGUGAUUACUAUUUUCA